CAAAAUAAGAAACAUGGCGAUCGGGCUGGCUGAAGAGACUUAAAAACCAAGUCUUCCUUAAAUUUAUCGACAAUGGCGACACAAAAACCUGGCGAAUGGGUACAGUCGCUCAUAACUCGGUUCGACGCACAGCUGCCAAUAAAGACUGGUCUUCACACCACCCAGUCCAUGCAGAAUGUGGAACAGAAUAAAGAAUGUUUAAUAAAUGUUAGCAAGUACAAGUUCUCUCUAGUCAUUAAUGGACUUACCAAAACCCUUCAAUCAGUGGCUCAGAUGAAAAUAAUUGGACCGGAAGCAGAAAGGAAUUAUUUCGAGUCUCAGCUGAUUAUUUUAGACACUCUUAAAGAUGUUCUCAAUUCUCAACCAAAAGAUACCUCAAGAUAUGAUGAAGCCAUGUAUGUUAAAUUGUUGUUACCAGAAAUUUGCAAGGUUUAUUCAUUUCAGUUUUUGAACCACCCAAUGGAAAAUUGUUUACUAGUCAGUCAACUGAAGAACUUAGCAUCUGAAGUUCUAUUUGCUCUUAGUUUAAAUAAUUUUACCGCCGUUUUUAACCGUAUCUCAGCACGAUUAACAGCCCUAACUAAUCCCAGUGAUGACCCUUCUGACCUCUCGGAUCUUGAACUGAUCCAACAUAUGAAUAUGGAUAUUGUACGUCUUACAAAAUUACUGAAUGAAGUUGUAUCUAAGUUCAGAAAUCUUAAAUCAAAACCAGUAGCUAUUACUCUGAGCCAAAAUCUUGAAAAGGCUAUUUGGAAUUGGAUGGACAACUAUCCAUCAGAAUUUACAGAGCUACAGAAAAAACCAAAUGAUGAACUACAGGAUUGCUGUGAUAAACUGUUUGAACAUUUUAAUAAUGUUGAAGGUUCAGCUCGAAGAAAGGCUUCUAUAUGGCCAUUACAAAUGAUGCUUUUAAUACUGUGUCCUAAAAUUUUAGAAGAAAUCAAUAAUGCAGAUACAGGGGCUCCAUGCUCCCAGCAGCAUAUGAAAAAGAAACAAUUUAUAGAUGAAGUAAAGAAAGCUAUAGGAUCACAUCAUGGGAGUUAUAAAACUUUAGCAGAAGGAGCAGCUGUAACUUGUGUUAGAUUGUGCAAAGCUUCAACCUAUAUCAGCAUUAAUGACAGACUUAAUGUUCUCUUUACUCUUGUACAAUCUGUGAUACAAGACUUAAAGACAUUGCUGUUUAACCCACCACCAAAUAGUAAACCAUUUACAAAAUCGCAGAGUCUUGUUGGCCAGGAUUAUGAUUUAUAUAUUGAUUGUUUUGUGUCUUGUUUCCGUAUAACGCCUCAUAAUAACGAUGUUUUAAAAGUUUGUAUUAAUGGUAAUUCUCCACCACUAUAUCAUUAUGUCCUGGUUAACGCUCUACAUAGGAUAAUUACACAGCCCCAGUUACCAUGGUGGCCAAAUAUAACAUUGAUAUAUGGUAAAGCUGGUGAAUUACGCUAUAUGUUUACAGAUACAGUUAAUAAAGUAACACAGGGCUUUAGUAAUCAUUGUCAAAAAAUGUCAAAUGUAAGUCAAAUAACAAAAGUUACAAGCUCAUUUAAAAUGACGAAGACAGCAGAUGAAACAUUAAGUAAUUAUAAACAUAUCUUAUUAUGGAUUGUUAAACUUAUCCAUGCUGAUCCAUAUCUUAUGUUACAUAAUCAAGGGAAGCCAGGGCAUGAAAUCCAAAGAAGUACUUUAGAAUUAAUCACUGGUCUAGUCUCAUUAGUACAUCAGCCAUGGAUGACAGAUGUAGCACAGAAAGCUAUGAAGGCUUUGUUAUGUCUCCAUCGACCAGAAAAUAUUGAAUUAUGGAAUCCAGAAGCUCCAAUGAAUACAUUUUGGGACAUUAGUUCCCAAGUUUUAUUUUACAUCAGUCAAAGAUUAAUACAGCACCAAAUAGUUAAUUAUACAGAUAUAUUAAAGUGGUUACGAGAUAUUUUAGUUUGUAGGAAUAGGUUUUUACAGAAAUAUAGUACUAUAGCUAAUAUUGGUAGUAAUAUAGCUAUCUGUAUACAAGCCCAUAUUAAACUAGAGGUUGUGUUUUUUAUGUAUUUAUGGAGUUUUGAGAUUGAUGCAGUUUUAACGGCUAUGUCGUGUUUUCGUUUAUUGUGUGAAGAAGCUGAUAUUCGGUGUGGAUCGGAUGAAAUGGCUGUUACACAGUUAUUACCUAAUUAUAAUGUUUAUUCUGAGUUAGCCGCUGCUAGUACUGUCUUAACUACAGGUCGAGCAGCCCUACAGAAAAGAAUAAUGGCAUUAUUAAGAAAAAUUGAGGUAUCAACACCAGGUAAUUCACAGGCAUGGGAAGAUACUUACAGAAACUGGGAAAAUGUAACAAGAAACAUAGAAUCUUCACCCAAAAAGUUUGAGGAUGGUGGAAGAGAAAUAGCUGAAAUGAUGCGACUAAAACGUAAACCACCUCACCAUGCUAAUACUGAACAUGAACUAGAGGAUCAGUUGAAUGAGUGGGCCAAUAUGACUGGUUUUCUGUGUGCCUUAGGUAGUGUCAGAUUAUCAAAUAAAACAUCAAAAACCAGUAACUCUAAUGCUACUGGUAUACCAUUUGAGUCUGGUAGAAAGAGUAGUAUCAUGCAGACAGUAACUACAGAACAAUAUUGUCCAGUCACUCAGUUUAUUGGAUAUCUUCUCAAGUUGUUAGUAUUCCAAAAUGAAAAGAUUGGAGCCCAGAUACAGAAACAUGUAAAGGAAUUAGUUGGACAUGAAUUAAAUCCUGCAUUAUAUCCAAUAUUAUUUGAUCAAACUAAAGUCUGUGUUGAUAAAUAUUUUGAUUCAGGUGGACAGGUUAUUGUAACAGAGAUGAACACCCAGUGUAUAGAAAAUAUUAUAUUUAUAUUAAAAAAUAUAUUAGAGAUGAAAGGCGAUCAACCAUGUGAAUAUCUGGGUGUAACUAGUAUAGAAUCACUUAUGUUGGCUAUAGUAAGAUAUGUGAGAAAUUUAGAUUCAUCAGUGCACGCCAUACAGAUUAAAACUAAACUCUGCCAGUUAGUAGAAGUUAUGAUGCAGAGGAGAGAUGAAUUGACAUUCAGACAGGAGAUGAAGUUUAGAAAUAAAUUGGUAGAAUAUUUAACAGAUUGGAUUAUGGGUAAUUCACAUCAAGUUAAUAUACAGGGUGAUAUCUGUAGUAUGUCCAGAGAUUUAGAUCAAGCUAGUAUGGAAGCUGUAGCUGCAUUGUUAGCAGGUCUACCAUUACAACCAGAAGAAAGUGAUAGAGGUGAUCUCAUGGAGGCUAAAUCACAACUUUUCUUAAAGUAUCUGACAUUAUUUAUGAAUCUACUAAAUGAUUGUUCAGAAGAGGAACAAGAUAAAGCUUUAGAUCCAAAUAGAAAAAGAAGCAUGUCUAACUUAAGUGUAUUAAGAAAUUGUACUGUUCAGGCUAUGUCUAAUCUACUCAAUGCUAAUAUAGAUAGUGGUCUCAUGCAUUCUAUAGCCUUGGGAUAUCACAAAGAUCCCCAGACACGAGCAGCUUUCAUGGAAGUUUUAACCAAGAUUUUACAACAAGGAACAGAGUUUGAAACAUUAGCAGAAACCGCAUUAGCCGAUAGAUUUGAAAGAUUAGUGGAGUUAGUUACAAUGAUAGGAGAUAAAGGAGAAUUGCCAAUUGCAAUGGCUUUAGCUACUGUAGUUUCUAAUUCACAAAUGGAUGAGUUAGCUCGUGUGUUUGUGAAUUUGUUUGAUGCUAAAAGACUUCUGUAUCAGUUGCUGUGGAAUAUGUUUAUGAAAGAGGUUGAAAUAGCUGAUUGUAUGCAGACAUUGUUUAGAGGUAACAGUCUAGCCAGUAAAAUCAUGGCGUAUUGUUUCCGAUUCUAUGGCCAGAAUUAUUUGCGUGAGUUACUACAGCCGUUAAUAAUGGAAAUGUUUAUGUUAGAUGCUGAACAUAGAACAAUAUAUGAGAUUGAUCCAGCACGAUUGGAAACUGGUGAAAAUAUAGAUGAAAAUAAAGCAAACUUAUUGCUUGUUACACAGAAAGUUUUUAAUGCUAUUGUUGAUUCAGCACCAAAGUUUCCACCCAAAUUACGAAGUAUGUGUCAUACACUGUACCAGGUUGUCACUCAACGCUUUCAACAAAGUAGUGCCGACAGUGUGUGGACUGUAAUUGGCACUGUUAUUUUCUUACGCUUCAUCAAUCCUGCCAUAGUGUCACCCUACGAGUCAAAUAUCGUAGAAGAAGAACCUACACCCAGAAUGAAGCGAGGUCUAACAUUGAUGUGUAAGAUAAUGCAGAAUAUAGCCAAUCAUCUUCAAUUUACCAAAGAACAACAUAUGACAGCCUUUAAUGAAUUUUUAAAGAGUAAUUUUGAUGCAGGUAGACGGUUUUUUACAGAAAUAGCCUCAGACUGCGAAACAUUAGAUACAGGAAAUCACAGCCUUUCUUUUAUAAAUGAUGCCAAUGUUUUAGCUUUACACAGACUUCUGUGGAAUAAUCAGGAGAAAAUUGGAGACUAUUUAUCUAGUAGCAGUUUGGAGGUACACACAGAAAACUUUGUGUGCGAGGCCGGGGAUGGUCCUCCGCGUCUGGAUCAUAAAGCAGUAGGCAGACGGCCUUUUGACAAAAUGGCCACCUUGUUGGCAUAUCUUGGACCUCCAGAACAUAGGCCUCUAGAUUCACAAUGGAGUAGUAUGGAUAUGACAAGUACUAAAUUUGAAGAAAUAAUGUUGAAACAAAACAUGCAUGAGAAAGACGAGUUUAAAUCGUUAAAGAAUCUACAUAUAUUUUAUCAAGCUGGUACCAGUAAAUCAGGCAAUCCUGUAUUUUAUUACAUCGCUCGUAGAUACAAAGUUGGUGAGAUUAAUGGAGAUGUCUUAAUAUACCAUGUUCUAUUAACAUUAAAACCAUUUUUACAUAAACCAUUUGAACUGGUCUUAGAUUUUACUCAUACAUGUUCUGAGAAUAGAUUUAGGACUGAGUUCUUGACCAAAUGGUUUGUAGUUAUGCCGGAAAGUGUGUAUCAGAAUAUUGUGGCAGCUUACAUCUAUAAUUGUAAUUCCUGGGUUCGAGAAUAUACAAAAUAUCAUGAUAGAAUCUUAAGUCCUUUAAGAAAUAAUCGUAAGUUGAUAUUUAUUGAUCAUCCUGCUAAACUACAAGAAUAUGUUGAUAUAGAUCAUCAGAAACUACCUGGGCCUACAGUGGCAUUGGAAGAAGAUCUUCGUGUCUUUAAUAAUGCGCUUAAACUCUCCCAUAAAGAUACCAAAGUUGCUAUUAAGGUUGGCCCAAAUGCCAUUCAAGUAACAUCAUCAGAAAAAAGUCGAGUUUUAAACCACAAUGUAUUGUUAAAUGAUGUUUAUUAUGCUGCUGAAAUUGAAGAGGUUUGCCUUGUAGAUGAUAACCAGUUUACAUUAACGAUAGCUAAUGAAAGUGGUCCGUUAUCAUUUAUCCAUAAUGACUGUGAUAAUAUAGUACAAGCUAUUAUACAUAUUAGAACCAGAUGGGAACUAUCUCAACCAGAUACUGUUACUGUCCAUACAAAGAUAAGACCUAAAGAUGUUCCAGGCACACUUCUCAAUGUGGCGUUGUUAAAUUUAGGUAGCUCUGAUCCAAGUUUACGAUCAGCUGCGUACAAUCUGCUCUGUGCUUUAACUCAGACAUUUGAUCUAAAAAUAGAUGGUCAGCUGUUGGAAACCAAUGGUCUCUGUAUUCCUGCUAAUAAUACCAUUUUCAUCAAAUCUAUCAGUUUUAAAUUAGCAGAAAAAGAACCACAUUUAACACUAGAGUUUCUGGAAGAAUGUAUACAAGGUUUUGGUAAUUCUAACAUUGAAAUGAAGCAUUUGUGUUUAGAGUAUAUUACACCAUGGUUACCAAAUUUAACCAGAUUCUGUAAACACAAUGAUGAAAAUAAACGUCAGAAGGUUGCGCUCAUCCUUGAUAAACUCAUCACCAUGACAAUAGAAGAAGUAGAGAUGUACCCGUCUAUCCAGGCUAAAAUAUGGGGUAACAUUGGACAGAUAGCAGAUCUCUUGGACAUGGUGUUAGAUAGUUUUAUAAAGAGAAGUGUUACCGGAGGUCUAGGUUCAAUACAAGCAGAAAUAAUGGCUGACACAGCUGUAGCAUUGACAUCUGCUAAUGUUCAACUUGUAUCAAGGAAAGUCAUUGGUAGAUUGUGUCGUUUGAUAGACAAGACGUGUACAUCUCCAACACUUACAUUAGAACAACAUCUGAUGUGGGACGAUAUUGCCAUCUUAGCCAGAUAUCUACUUAUGUUGUCAUUUAAUAAUUCACUUGAUGUUGCUAGUCAUUUACCAUUUUUAUUCCAUAUUGUAACAUUAUUAGUAUCUACUGGCCCAUUAUCAUUGAGAGCUUCACAUCAUGGUCUGGUUAUAAAUAUUAUUCAUUCUCUAUGUACAUGUGCUCAGCUACAUUUCAGUGAAAGUACCCUUCAAAUUCUCAAACUGAGUUUGGCUGAAUUCUCAUUACCUAAAUUUUAUCAGUUAUUUGGCAUCAGUAAAGUAAAAUCUGCUGCCGUCAGUGCUUUCCGUACCAGUUAUCGCCCAGGAGACCGUUCUUUUACCAUGGCACCUCCUGAAAAUGAGAAGAUGCAUCUGAGUUCAUUAGAAGCUAUUUCUGAUGCCCUGCUAGAAAUAAUGGAGGCCUGCAUGAAAGAUAUACCACAAUGUGAUUGGUUACAACAAUGGACUGACCUCGCCAAGAGAUUUGCAUUCCAGUAUAACCCAGCACUACAGCCUCGAGCUAUUAUAGUAUUAGGCUGUAUCAGUAAAACUGUUACAGACUCCGAAAUAAAACAAUUACUCAAAAUAAUGAUGAAGGCUUUAGAAUCUUAUACAGAUCUGACAUUAAUAGAAGCUGUAGUGAUGUGUUUAACAAGAUUACAACCUUUACUUAGAUCAGAUUCUCCUAUACACAGGUUUUUGUUUUGGGUAGCUAUAUCUGUAUUACAGUUAGACGAAGUAUCUCUGUAUGCUGCUGGUUUAUCAUUAUUAGAACAGAAUCUGCAUACAUUAGAUAACAUCGGAUUGUUUGAACAUCAGAGUUUAGAAGAAUGUGUUAUGGGUAUAAGAGAACCUCUGGAAUGGCACUUCAAACAAUUAGACCAUGACAUGGGUCUUGGCUUUAUUAAUAACUUUAACUUUGCUCUAGUCGGACAUUUACUCAAAGGUUUUCGUCAUCCAUCAGCUACUACUGUAUCUCGUACUAUUCGUGUUCUACAUCAACUGUUAAAUAUCACUGUUAAACAUACAAAUAGAGAUAAAUUUGUUGUUACCAUACAUACUGUACCAUAUUUAGCAGCGCUUGUGUCCGUGUCAGAAGAAGUCAGAAGUCGAUGUCAUUUAAAACAUCGCACACCAAAUUACAUGAUCUCAGAAUCCACAUCAAAUGACAGUCUUAAUGCUGAGGUAAAUAAUGCUGCUCAAGGCACAUCUCCUAUUACGCCUCCUGCAGGACCUACACCUUCACAGGUCCUACCACCUCCAACCAACACUCCUCGACGACAGAAAAGUUGGGACCAUUUAGAUCAAAAUGCUGUCAAUUCGGCCAAAUUACAGAAAGGUGCUCAAGUUAGUCAGAGUCAGGCGAGCAGUCCAAAAUUUUGGAGAAGUUUAGACUCAGAACCUAAUUCCCGACCACCAUUUAAAGUGCGAAGUAGUUCUGUUCCCACUCCUGGAACUAAAAAAAUAGAAACAGCAAAAGUUAUUCCCCAACCCCGAAGUGGUCGCAGUUCAGUGUCCAAUGAAAAUAAUGUCCUUUUAGACCCUGAAGUUCUCAAUGAUUACCCUACCCAAGCUUUGGUUUUAACUGUCUUAGCUACCCUUGUUAGAAAUACAACAGAUGAAAAUGAAACUAGAAUUUUAUAUGAAUAUUUAGCAGAAGCUUCUGUUGUGUUCCCUCGUGUUUUUCCAGUCAUUCACAGUUUAUUGGAUGCUAAAAUUAAUAAUGUAUUAUCGCUGUGUCAUGAUCAGGCUAUAUUAAAUGCGGUACAGAGUAUUAUACAAAACAUGAUAGCCUGUGAAGAUGCCACACAAUCUCUCUCUUAUUUACAAAGUAUUGGGUUUGGUGGUUUAUGGAGAUUUGCAGGAACAUUUACUAAGAAUGCUGGUAGUAGUGAUACACCUCAGUUAUUUGUCAAUUGUCUGGAAAAGGCCAUGAUGGUGGAAUCGUGUCUCCCUGGUGAUGACCUUGACAUUCUUAACCCCUAUCCAAGCAACCUUGGAAUCUCAUCUAAUUUAAACCUCUCAAGCUCCAUGUCAAGCCUGAGUGUCAGCAGCAUGCAUUCCCCAACUGAUAAAGACAAUCAUAAUUCCGACAAAAAUAUUGCCAACGGCAACCGUAUGCGACACUCCUCAGCUAAUAACUUGCCACCCAAAAAUAGAACCGGAAGCUUUAAACAGAAAGAGAAAAAGAAACUUGUUGAGCAGGCAGAAUAAUAAUGUGGUUUAUGUUUUGUUUACUUGUUGUUAUCAAGAAGAAAGAUGGUUGUUUUAUCGUUUACACUGUGAAUGACGCUAGUUUAAACACCCAUGUGUUCUUCAAAAACUUUUAUUCAGUUAAAAUAUCUAUACGCAAUCGUUGCCAAAAACUCACUCAUCCUGUUAUAAACUUUCAACUUAAAAUGAAUUUGUUGUCAAAGUAUCAUUCAAAAGUUAGGUGUAAAUCUUUUUAAUGGUUAUGUUGUUAUAUGGACUUUGUAUAUUAUACCUGGUUGGUCAACUUUCAUUUUUGUCAAAUCAUACAUAUCAAAUUUCAAUUAAUCAUUUAUAUUCUGAUGUACAAACUUCUUACACUGAUAUUGUUAUACACGAAUUUCAUCAUACAAUAUGAAAAGCGCUAUCAUACACACAUACAUACGCAGAAACUCUAUAUUCCCUAAAGACAAUUCAGAUGGCAUUAUAAUAAUAUUAUUUUUGUGUCGUUAUUAAGAUUAUUAAAUGUUUUAUCCAAGUUUUUGCCUUGUGAAAUGAUAAAAUGUGUUGUUGAUUAUUGUUGUUAGCUUAUUGAAGUCGGCUUUGUUAUGUUGUAUUUAAAUGAAUAUAUAUAUAUAUUUUUAUUAUACAGUUAUUGGCUGAUUGAUGGAUAUUAGUACCUACCAAACAAAAUGGCUGUAAACCCUUUCUGAAAUCUUAAACUAAAAAUUACCAAUUGAAUUGGUGCACUUUUGGAAGAAUGCUAUUCUAAUCUGAAUUGAGCAGGUUUAUCAUUGCUUAAAUCAAAUAAUGACAGGAGUUAUAAUAUGAAAGGGGUGUUUUUCAAAGUCCAGAAUAGAUCAUUUUCUCAAAGGAAGGAUUCCAUUUUCAAGAGGUGAAUCAAUAAGUGCACUCUUUACAGUUUGUGUGCUUAUUUGGUUUAUUUAUUAAUUAAAUUAUACUGGAUUGUUCUGUGUUUAUAAACUUAAAUACAAAUUUAAAACACACAAUUUCGUAACAGAUAGUAGUUUUGUCAAUGUCCACAUGCUAUUUUGUUUGGAAGGUCUUUAUAUAAUAAAACCCUUUUUAAUGUAAAACCACUUUUCUAGAUAUAUGUGUCAUAUAUCUAUUAUCAGAUUUUUCUUUUCUUUCUAAACAUUAUUUGAUAAGGAAAAUUAAAUAACAGAUAACAAGAAUUCAAUGCAUUAUGCAUAGUUAGAUAUAUGAAUACAGUAACAAACAAUAAGAUUGGAGAUUAGAUGGGUUGCCAGAUCACAGGGACCGGGAAUGAGAAUGAUGACAUUUAACAUGAAUAAUGUCCUCUUUAUUAUUCUGUAAAUUUUAUUUUAAUGCUCUGCUUGGUAUGUCCCAAAACAAAUGGUCCCAGAACCUUUUGCAGCGCAACUGUUUGCCUUUUGAUAAUCUUUUUAAAUAAUCAUCUAUUACGUAUGUCUGUUAUUGAACAUAUUGAAUUCGGAAGAAAAGAGUUAAAUAUAUAUUACAUGGAAAAAAAAUAUCAAACCAAAAUAUAGCCCAAAGUAGACAACAAGAUAUUUUCAAAACAUAUGUAGGUCUAUUGGUGUAUUAUUAAAUGGGUCAUGAGUUAUAUGUGUAUAUUGAAUAUACACAUCUUAAAAAGUUUCUGAUAAUAAUUAGAUAUUCUAUAGUAUCAUUAAAAAUUCUAUUCAUCACAAUACAUACAAACAUUCUACAAUUUAUAUAUUUCAUGACACAAUAUAAUUGUAAAUAAAAUAUAAAAUUUGUAUCAAUUCCAACAUACAUAUAUAAAAUGUAUUGAAAGAAAAAUGAAAUAUUAUUUUUAAUCAGUGAUUAUAUAUUAAUUUAAAAAUAUAUACAUAAACAAAAAUUUGUUGAUGGAAUUAAGAAAAUAUUUAAUGUAAGGAAAUGUUUCCACAUAUAUUUUGAUAGAACAAGACACAAAAUUAAGAGUGUUAGCAGCUUAUAUGAUUAAACACCCACACUUUAUAUUGCCGUCGACCGUCUCUGUCCAUUGGUCUGUAAUUCACAUUUCUUGUUGUUAGCACAAUAUAGGCAACAAUUGAUAUAUGUUGUCUAUCUUACUGCAGUGGUUCUCAACCUUUAUUUGCCAACGUCACACCUUGGAACACAUGAAAAAAUUGCGGCACACCUGGCUAAAUAUAUAUGAAAAAUAUUUGAAUUUUGAAAAAUAAAAACAUGGCAAGUCAUAGACCGCAUACAACCGUAGACACAGACUAGUCAUAGACACGUAGAAUGACUCAAACUAAAUAAAGAAAACACAGCUAAGAACUUAUCAGUAGACAUCAGUGAAUACUAAAUUGGGAUCACAUGGUUUUUCGCAUUUUCUUAGUGUGCCGUUAAAAAUUUCGCAGCACACUUGGGAAGAUCUCACUGGUUGAGAAUCACUGAUCUUACUAAAAUGAAGAAAUCUAUUGAUUCUCAACAUUUUUUGAUAAUAACCUCUUUUACUACAAAAUGUUGUUGUUAGAACUGUAUAAUCUGCAAUUAUUAAACCUAUAUUCCUGAAAUUUAUGCUGGUUACCUGUUGAUAUUCUAGACUUUAAUAAUAACUUUCAGAGUUAUUCCCCUUUAGCACCAUACAAACUUAAUCAUGACCAAGUCUGAAAUCUGUAUGCUUGGACAAUUUCGCUGCUAGUGGCUGCAUGUUUCAUUGCGACAAUGUAUGUUGGUUUUUGUUCAAGGUAUGAAAACUUUUUAAAGACUUGCAAACAAGUGUCAGUUGAAUUACAAUCUUAUACAUUAUACAUUAAUUUAUGUCACUGAAUAAAUCUAAGAUAAAAGUAGAAUGGUCUAUUAAUGUCCUCUGCUCCUACUGAAAUAGUUUGUCAUUUUUUUUCUAGAUCUCUCUUUGUUAAUAGGUGGAAAUCAUGAAGAACUUGGACAAAAGAGUGCAAUUUUUUGUAGUAUUUAUAUUGAAAUAUAAUAUUGUUAUAAAUUAAGCAUUGCUUCUUAGUGUAGACAUAUUAUUUUUGAACAAUACAUUUUUAAAAACUAUUAUAUUAUGAUAUGUGAUAUAUAUUAAAUUAUGUUCUUAGAUUAUCUGAUCAUUUAUAGUCACUAUGUAAUAUACUUAUGAUAUACAUUAUUAUAAUAUCAACAUUUUUAGAAAACAAGUACCUCAUACCUUCAAAAUAUUUAAUUUCAUAAAUCUUCAAAACUACCAUUUUAUUCAAAUCAAAAUCUUUUUCUACAUUUUUCUGGCAGUUUUUUUUUUCUAGAGUGCCAUAUAACUAUAUUGGGAAAUACACAUUAUGACUGAUUUACUGUAUGUAUAUAAUUCUCCUCAAAUAUCUUUCAGUCAAGCUGGUCAUUUUCAUGCACAGGAUAAUGCAUUUUCUGUUUUAAUUCAAGUUGUAAAAUCUAAGACAAAGUAUAAAAAUUAUCAAUAAAAGAAAUUUAAAAAGAAGAAUUGCUUAAAAAUAAGACUGAAUAUAGAAAAUAUGGUUGCACUAUUAAAAGUUGAUCUGACUUAAAAAUAAAAAAAAUCAUAGUAGACAAGACUCGUAUAAGGCAGAGAUGUCGACACCCUACAUUACUCUUGUAUCUGAUUUGGAUAAAAGCUUGCCUAGUGUAUUCAGAUCUAUAAUGAAUUUUACAAAGGUCUGAAUUUUUAUAUGUAUUUUCUGCCAUGUCUUGGGAGUUAAGAAUAUUUGAAAUUUCAAGCUAUUUAUUUGGGUAUCAUCUCAUCAAUGUUAAACUAUGUUAUAUGAACAUUGUUUUUAGUGCAUAAUGUAAUCAUUGUUGUAUUGGAGUUGUAUUGGGCCAUUUUCUUGAGUCACAAUAAAGCACCAUAUCAACCUAUA